UUUUGUCGGCUAUGAUUGUCAUUGUCAGCUGUCUUGAGUGUAUUGAAUUGAACGAUAAACAUUUGUUAUUUACGCUCAAUAACAUAAUUUAGUCCAUUUUAUAACACGACAAUUUCCUAGUUGAUUAGUGAAUCUAUCAUCGCACCAUGUUUAAAAAAUUCGACGAGAAGGAGAGCAUCUCAGGGGUGCAGCAGUUAAAGUCCUCGGUGCAGAAGGGCAUACGAUCCCGGCUGCUGGAGUUGUACCCACACCUGGAUAAUUACAUCGAUCAGGUGCUCCCGAAGAAGGAUACCUUUAGGAUUGUGAAAUGCCAUGAUCACAUCGAGAUAAUGGUUAACAGCGCAGGAGAACUGCUAUUCUUCAGACACCGAGAGGGACCUUGGAUGCCAACUUUGAGACUUCUUCAUAAGUAUCCAUUUUUCAUUCCAAUGCAGCAAGUGGAUAAAGGUGCGAUUCGUUUCGUGCUCAGUGGUGCCAACAUAAUGUGCCCCGGUCUGACGUCACCGGGAGCCAAAAUGACGCCCAUAGAGAAAGGAAGCGUUGUGGCUGUCAUGGCGGAAGGCAAAGAGCACGCAUUGGCUAUUGGGAUUACAUCUCUGUCUACUGAUGACAUAGCCAAAGUAAAUAAAGGUGUUGGUAUCGAGAACUGUCAUUAUCUAAAUGAUGGUCUGUGGCAGAUGAAACCAGUGAAGUAAAUGAUUAACUCGUCUAUAAUAUAAAAUACAUUUACUAAUUUAUAUUUAAGCUUUCCAUUAUAAUAAACAGUGCACAAGUA